GGUUAUGUGGGCUCUGCUGGACCUUUCUGUGGUAGGGUCCAAUCUUUUCAUUUCAGUUUCACUUACAUUUGCAGCAGUUAUCUUCUUCUUUACUUUCUAUUCAUUCUCUGAAGAAAAAGAGGAGAGAUCAGCACUGAGAAUGUCGCAAACGGUGGUAAGACAUGAGCAUUCUGACACAAUGGGGAUUGGCAAAGCCAUUGCUGUAUUGACAUCUGGAGGAGAUGCCCAGGGCAUGAAUGCAGCUGUCCGGGCAGUCGUCCGAGUGGGGAUCUACACUGGUGCCAAGGUCUUCUUUGUUCAUGAGGGCUACCAAGGGCUUGUGGAUGGUGGCGACAAUAUUAAGGAGGCGACAUGGGAGAGCGUGUCUAUGAUGCUGCAACUGGGUGGCACAGUGAUUGGAAGUGCCCGGUGCCAGGACUUCCGCACACGUGAAGGACGCCUCAAAGCCGCUUGCAACCUGGUCAAGAGAGGAAUAACAAAUUUGUGUGUUAUUGGGGGCGACGGCAGUCUGACUGGAGCAGACACUUUCCGAGCAGAGUGGAGCAGUUUGCUGCAGGAGCUGGUUAAGACAGGUGGCAUCACGGCAGAGGAAGCGAAGAAGUCCAGUUAUCUGAACAUUGUUGGCAUGGUUGGCUCAAUUGAUAAUGACUUCUGUGGUACUGACAUGACCAUCGGCACAGACUCCGCUCUUCACAGGAUAAUGGAGAUAGUGGAUGCUAUCACCACCACUGCCCAAAGCCACCAAAGGACAUUUGUGCUGGAGGUGAUGGGUCGUCACUGUGGUUACCUGGCCCUUGUAACAGCCCUGGCGAGUGGUGCUGACUGGGUGUUCAUUCCAGAAUCGCCACCAGAAGAAGGCUGGGAGGAUCACUUAUGCAGGAGGCUAACUGAGACAAGAACCCGAGGCUCAAGGCUGAACAUCAUCAUUGUGGCUGAAGGAGCGAUCGACAGGCAUGGCAAGGCCAUCACCUCAGAUGACAUUAAAGAUCUGGUUGUGAAACGCCUUGGAUAUGACACAAGAGUCACCAUCCUCGGGCAUGUGCAGCGUGGCGGGACCCCCUCUGCCUUUGAUCGUAUUUUGGGAAGCAGGAUGGGCGUGGAAGCAGUCAUGGCCUUGCUGGAGGGAACGCCAGACACCCCGGCGUGCGUCGUCAGUCUGUCCGGUAACCAAGCCAUCCGUCUCCCUCUCAUGGAAUGCGUCCAGGUGACGAAAGACGUCACAACAGCAAUGAAUGAGAAACGGUUCGAUGAAGCUCUUAAACUUAGAGGAAGGAGCUUCCAGAACAACUGGAAUGUGUACAAGAUUUUGGCCCACAUCCGUCCCCCCUCUGCAAAGAGCGGCUACACUUUGGCAGUGAUGAAUGUGGGCGCACCAGCAGCGGGCAUGAAUGCUGCUGUGAGGUCAGCCGUCAGGAUUGGCUUGAUCCAUGGCCACAGGAUGCUGGCUGUGCAUGAUGGCUUUGAAGGGCUGGCGGAAGGGAAGAUUGAGGAAAUCGGUUGGGGAGGAGUUGGUGGCUGGACUGGAAGAGGUGGAUCGAGCCUUGGAACCAAAAGGACUCUUCCCAAGAAAUACUUUGAAGAAAUCAGCAACAACAUUUCUGCUUUUAACAUUCAUGGGCUCAUCAUCAUUGGUGGCUUUGAGGCCUUUACGGGCAGCCUGGAACUCAUUGAAGGCCGAUGCAAGUUUGAGGAGCUCUGCAUCCCGCUCUGUGUGAUCCCCGCCACUGUCUCCAACAACGUUCCUGGCUCCGACUUCAGCAUCGGUGCAGACACUGCCCUGAACACCAUCACAUCGACUUGCGACAGGAUCAAACAGUCUGCAGCCGGCACCAAGAGGCGCGUGUUCAUCAUUGAGACUAUGGGAGGGUACUGUGGCUACCUGGCUACCAUGGCAGGUUUGGCUGCCGGAGCAGAUGCGGCCUAUAUUUACGAAGAUCCUUUCACUAUCCAUGACUUGGAGAUGAAUGUGGAACACCUGACUGAGAAAAUGAAGACCACAGUGAAGAGAGGGCUAAUACUGAGGAAUGAGAAAUGCAAUGAAAACUAUACCACUGAAUUCAUAUACAACUUGUAUUCUGAAGAAGGAAAAGGCAUUUUUGACACCAGAAAGAAUGUUUUGGGACAUAUGCAGCAGGGCGGCUCGCCAACUCCCUUUGAUCGAAAUUUUGGAACAAAAAUGGGUGCCAAAGCAGUGGCGUGGAUGUCUGGCAAGGUCAAAGAGUGUUCCAGGCAUGGUCGUAUAUUUGCCAACACUCCUGAUUCAGCUUGCCUUCUGGGCAUGCGCAGACGGGCCCUUGUGUUCCAGCCACUUGCGGAACUUAAAGAGCAGACAGAUUUUGAGCACCGCAUUCCCAGGUGUCAGUGGUGGCUGAAGCUUCGUCCCAUCCUGAAGGUCCUUGCCAAGUACAAGAUUGAUCUGGAUACAUCAGAGACGGCGCACUUAGAGCAUAUCACUCGCAAGAGAGUAUCUGGCGAAGGGGCUUUGUGAACAGCUUAGGAAACUAGCUCCAGCUCUCCCUUGAAUCAUGAAACUCAAGACCAUUAAAAUAAAUCCAUUAAAAUAAAUCUUCAAAUUCCUUCAA